GAGGAACUCGCACUCAUCACUGCCUGACCAGGACCCUGCGGCCGCGGUGCACCUCCGGCUCCGUUGAGGGGAGUGGGUGUGUGCUAGGCCGCCUGCCCGAAGAAAGAGAGCGGAGGGCGCCCCCGGGGUCUCCGGGAGAGAAGGGCCCUGGGACGCGAGAGGGAGGGCCCCCUGACGCACCCCCUCCUCUGCCGAGCCCGCUUGGCGCCCCAAGAGCCGCCCUUUGAGCUCCGAGAGCUAACUCCAACGCACCGCGUCAGCCCCCGCCGGUGCGGCUUCUGGGGUUACGACCCACGCCCGACAUCCGCUAAGGUGCGCCCCCCACCGCCGCCGCCCGGACGGGAGCGAGGCCGGUCCCGCUCUCGGAGCCCCGAGCGGCCGCAGCGCGGUUCGGGCUCUGGCCGUCGAGGCCGGCGGUGGUGGCGGCUUGGGCCUGUCCCCGCGGGCGAGGUAGUCGCCAGGCGCACUUGACCGUGGGCGCGGAGCGAACGGAUCGCGCAACGCGGGCGGCGGGCUUUAUGUAAAUCGGGGCUGCGCCCGGGCGUCCUAGGUAGGAUGGACCAGCCCCCCGCGCCUCGGCCCUCACGUCCAAUAAGAAGAGCCCCAGCUUGACACCUGCCUAUAUACAGGCGAGCGCGCCCCCGGCCCGCCGACCGCGCGCACAGCCCGCACAGCCCACGCCGCGGGCGAGCGAGACCUCGGCCCGCCACCAUGACUUCCAGUAAGAUCGAGAUGCCCGGCGAGGUGAAGGCCGACCCCGCCGCCCUCAUGGCGUCCCUGCACCUCUUGCCGUCGCCCACGCCCAACCUCGAAAUCAAGUACACCAAGCAUCUGAUUCUGUGAGGAGCUAGAACAGAGGGAAGAAAGGAACAUUAAUGGAGUACUAACCUACUAAACUACUAAACUAGAAGAGAAAAAAUAAAAGACAACUGAAAAGCAGAGCAAAUGUGCAUUGGAUUUUUAUUAACAACGAGUGGCAGAACUCAGAGAGCGGGAGAGUGUUCCCUGUCUAUAAUCCAGCCACAGGAGAGCAGGUGUGUGAAGUUCAAGAAGCAGACAAGGCAGAUAUAGACAAAGCAGUGCAGGCAGCCCGCCUGGCUUUCUCUCUUGGUUCAGUGUGGAGAAGGAUGGAUGCUUCAGAAAGAGGCCGUCUGUUGGAUAAGCUUGCAGACUUGGUGGAGCGAGACAGGGCAGUUCUUGCAACCAUGGAAUCCCUAAAUGGUGGCAAACCGUUCUUGCAAGCUUUUUACGUGGAUUUGCAGGGGGUCAUCAAAACUCUUCGGUACUACGCAGGCUGGGCUGAUAAAAUUCACGGGAUGACCAUUCCUGUAGAUGGAGAUUAUUUUACUUUUACAAGACACGAACCCAUAGGAGUGUGUGGACAGAUCAUCCCGUGGAACUUCCCCCUGCUGAUGUUUGCUUGGAAAAUUGCUCCAGCUCUUUGCUGUGGCAAUACAGUAGUUAUUAAACCAGCAGAACAAACACCACUCAGUGCGCUCUACAUGGGAGCCCUCAUCAAGGAGGCUGGCUUUCCGCCGGGAGUCAUCAAUAUUUUGCCAGGAUACGGGCCAACGGCUGGGGCGGCAAUAGCUUCUCACAUUGGCAUAGACAAGAUUGCAUUCACAGGGUCAACUGAGGUUGGAAAGCUUAUCCAAGAAGCAGCUGGAAGAAGUAACUUGAAGAGAGUAACUCUGGAACUUGGAGGGAAAAGCCCCAAUAUUAUUUUUGCCGAUGCUGAUUUGGACUAUGCUGUGGAGCAGGCUCACCAGGGGGUGUUCUUCAACCAAGGCCAGUGCUGCACCGCGGGGUCUCGCAUCUUUGUGGAGGAGUCCAUCUAUGAGGAGUUUGUGAGAAGAAGUGUGGAGCGGGCCAAGAGGCGCAUAGUGGGGAGUCCCUUUGAUCCCACCACUGAGCAGGGACCCCAGAUUGACAAGAAACAGUACAACAAGAUCCUGGAACUCAUCCAGAGUGGUGUGGCAGAGGGUGCCAAGCUGGAAUGUGGAGGCAAAGGACUGGGCCGAAAGGGAUUCUUCAUAGAGCCCACGGUGUUUUCCAAUGUCACCGAUGAUAUGCGGAUUGCCAAGGAGGAGAUCUUUGGCCCCGUUCAGGAGAUUCUGAGGUUUAAGACAAUGGAUGAAGUGAUCGAAAGAGCCAAUAACUCAGACUUUGGACUUGUGGCAGCUGUCUUCACUAAUGACAUCAACAAGGCCCUCACGGUGUCUUCUGCAAUGCAGGCGGGGACUGUUUGGAUCAAUUGUUACAAUGCCUUAAAUGCCCAGAGCCCCUUUGGGGGAUUCAAGAUGUCUGGAAAUGGGAGAGAAAUGUGGCAGUGCUGCACCCUUCUGUGCAAUGUUGUGGAGACAAUCAGUCUUUGCCGUCAAGAAACGGUUACUGCUCGGGAUAUGACAGCUCUCUGUGGCUCCUCAGAGGAGAGCUGGGCUGUCCACUCAUCAGACAUUUCUACAUGGAAACCCAGGGCCUGCUGUUAGCAGGGGGGAGUUUGGCUUGCGAGAGUACUCGGAGGUGAAGACGGUGACAGUAAAGAUCCCUCAGAAGAACUCCUAAGAAGGCCAAGGGGGAAGGUGGAGGCCAUCCCGCAGGACUCUCCCUCUCUGCUCUCCCUGGGGGGCCCGGCUCUCAGGAAUCCAAAGUCCGUACUUGGUCCUUAUUUAAAGUGAAACAAUGACACGUAGGCCAGACCAGUCAGUGGGUAAUGAAAGCAGACCAUGUGGGCACCAUUUCCUGGCACUCUGUAAGGGUUCACCUGAAUAAUACCAAAUACUGGGGAAAGGGGACGGAGAGCAGAGGAGUAGCUGUCAGGGACUUCGAUCUCUCCAGAGGGAUGGGCUGGCGCCUUUUGUCACAAAGAACUUUCCUCCUGAGGGAAGGUUGUCCUUCCAUUGUCUUCAUUUUCCCCUUUCCAGCCUCUCUCUGCUCACCCAUCCCUCCCACCCCUCCAAGGAGAUCUCAGCUGAGCUCAUUUGGGGCAGAUGUUUGGGCCGGGAACAAUUUUCCAAGGUUUUGCAGCCAAAUUACCAUUUCAUGUUAUCCACUUCUUCAAAGCAAAACAUGAAAUGGUUUUAGUUAGAGCCAGACCAGACUGAAAAUGCCAGGAGCUGGUACACUGCAGAUGUACCAAGAAGCAAGAACUGGGGACGUUCCUGACCCAGUCUGGCUUUCUUACAUCCAUAAAUAACACGAGCAAAAGAGCAGGAAGAUGGAGAUCUGGAGAUCAUCCUAUGUACUUCACAACUUCUGAUCUGGCUGCUUGGCUUUGGGGCGUGUGGGUGCGCGUGUGUUUACUUCCUUCUGGGUGAUUCUGGAAUAAGGUGGGGGCAGGGGGGGUUGUUUUUCAUAGAUUGAUAAGAUCUUUUUCCAAAGCUUAUCUUAACAACCCAGAAACGAAUGGCUGGGCUCAAGAAUUUGGUAAAAGGUAAUGCUGGGGGCCUUGCAGAAAUAAUUUCAUUUUCAGUACUGGCUGACAAUUCUUACUAAGUGAAUUAUCUCUGCAGUUGGACUCUUCAGCCUCUGUCCCCCGCCCCCCAUUGCCCCAGCACUGCUACUCCCAGUGCUCUGGCUGUCACUUUGGCCUAUCGUGCCCUAAAUCCACUGGCAGUAACCCUGGAGAACCUGAGCAAGCCUGCAGAUUCCGUGUCACUCGCAGACUUGCAGCGUGCCACGAUUGCCACGCUCCACCAGACCUCCGCCGACUCGUCCAGCGGCUCGUCCACGUCCACGCGGCAUUUUCCCUCCCAGCCUCCCCAGGAGCCUCCUGAGGGGGAGGCACCAAGCGGUGCCCCUCUCUCCCCUCCAGUCACACCCUCCUCUCCUGCUUUCCAACGCAUCCACCGCAUCCACCGCAUCCACCGGUUGAUGGACAGCAUCACCUUCCUUUCCUCCUUCCGCUUUCCUGGCUGCCGAAGUCAGUCCGGUCUGUAACGUAGAUGGAGAUCAUUUAUUUAAAAGUACCAAACAUAGCCUAGAGUACGUGGAAUAUGGCCAACACAUAUAUAGCCUUCUGUAUUUAAUGGGUUUCUGCUUUCUAACCAUCCCGGGUUUCUAUUUAUAAGUCUUGUCUAUUCAUGAUGUUUAAAAGAAAUCCCUCCUCGCUGUUAUUUACGAACGGCAGUGCAUUCAGUGGCCCGAUGCCUUGAGAGACGCCACAUCUCUGAGCCCUUCCAUGUGACUGUCAUGCUCUCCUUAUAGCUUGUGUCCAAGUGAACAUAUCCAUUAACCAGCUAGUUACCUUUCAACUGCAGUAUAGAAUGUGAAAAUGAAGAUUUAUUUCUUUUAAUUUACUUAAAAAGAAACCUCUGUGCUAGCAAUAAAGCAUUUAUAUUGUGUA